CAUCUCUAUGUAAAAUGUCUGAUAAAGCCAUCCUUCUGUUCUGAGAACGUCCUGAAACUCUGGAAAAGACCUCAGGGUAUAGCUCUGGACUUCAGGAACAAAACCAUGUGAAGUCAGAGUCCAACGGAUUUGAAUAAUAUUUCACUAUUCUACGUCUGGCGGUUAUAUCAUAACAGAGAGACAACUGUCUGUGCAGGCUUCAGUGUCUGAUAUCAACAUGUCCCGUUCAAACAGCGCUAACGACAGGAGAGGUGGUGGUGCACCCGAGCAGUCCGAGGAGCGGAAUUAGGAUUUCUCAUCUGCCAUUCAAACACACCGAGGCUCCAGCACAGAGAGGAUGAGGACGCCUCUGGACAUCCAUCCAUUCAUCAGUUCACACAGUAACCGCGUACUGCUACCUGGACCUCCCGCGCCUGCCCUUCCAGCCUGCGCGGAGGAGAGAGAGAGAGAGAGAGAGAGGGGGGGGGGGGGGGCAGCUGGGAAGGACAGAAGAGCCCGUCUGUUAGUGUUAUUCCCCGGUGUAGAUGUGAGACAGUGGGAGAGCACGCCGCCGAUACAACUCCCUAUUUCCAGCCUCCAACUGAACACAUUUUACUGAGGUUUCCCCUGGUUGCUGAUCUAAAGCAACCUCACCCCAAGUGAGGAGCAUCAUGACCCAGGAGGGGCAGGCUCUGCCGUCUCCCACUCCACCAGAAAACCCAGUGAACGCAGAGUCAGCCACCUUUACUGACACUUUAGCAGAAACACAGAACAAGGCAGAGCAGGAGAAGCAGGGGGCCGGGGCAGUGAACGAGGUAGAGGAAGGAAAACAACAAGUAGAGACCAGAGAAGGAGAGGAGGAGGCACAGUGGGAGACAACUGGGGAGGGAGAGGGGAAGGUGAAGGAUGAGGAAGGGGAAGGUGAGUUGGAAGAAGCAAGGUUAGAUAACAGUGGUGAUGAGGAUCCACAGACAGCGGGAGGGUUGGAGGGAGAGGAGGAGGGGAUGGGAGGGAAAGGAUGUGUGGAGGUUAUGGAGGUAAGCUCACCUGGGGAGGAGGUUGGACAUGAAGAGGAGAGGAUGAAAGAAGAAGAGGAGGGGAAGAAAGAUGAAGAAAUGCUACUAUCUACUGAGGAGGCAAAUCCCCCCAAACAGGCUGGAAGACUAGCAAAUGGCAUAGGUGGAAAUGAGAAGGAUGAUGAAGCAGGUGAGGAGGACGAAGGAGGAGACGAGAGGGGGACUCAUACACACUUGGACGCUUUCAGCUCAAACUUUGAGACAACAGUGGAACAGGCGGACACAGAAGUGGAAGAAGAGGAAGACGUAAAUAAAGACGGAGAAGUGACAGAAAAUCAGGACAGCUUCAGCUCUGUGUUUGAACAGAUUGUUGAGCAAGUUGAUGUUCAGGAGGAUGAAGACGAUCAGGAGUUGGAAGAGGAGGAGAGGGAAAAAGGUAGGGUGGACAACAAAGACGGCUUUAGCUCCACUUUUGAGCGCAUUGUAGAGUCUGCUCUGCUGAGGGGCGGGACCUGCUACAGCAGCCUGGACUCCUUGGAUGUUCUGUCACUCACGGAUGAGACAGACAGCUGUGUCAGUUUUGAGGCGCCACUAACACCUCUUAUCCAGCAGAGGGCGCUGUUUCAGGGACCUGAACCACUUGAGCUGGAGCUGGAAACUGUUCAGGAGCAAGAAGGGUGUGAGGCUGGACCAGAGUCCCCAGGUAGUGAACUCACAGCUGGAGAGAGUAUUGCUCUUGGAGCUGGAGUAGGAGGAAGCCCGCUGAGAACCACCAUACCAGGGAGCAGGUCCGAGUUUGUGUUGAGCCAGCCCGGGCGCUGGGCCAUUCAUAAUGGAUAUCAUACAGACUCCCAGGGAGCCAUUGAAGGCUGUGGAGCCAUGAUCAACUCUGUCAGUGAUGCCAACCUUGCAGACGUGCUGUCUGACUCAGAGGAGUGUGAUUUGGGCAGUCUGGAGCGUUUGGAGCGAGGUAGCACGGACACUCUGACAAAUGGCUGCCGAGCCGACAGUGAGGCUGCUAAAAGGCUGGCCAAGCGCCUCUAUCACCUGGAGGGCUUCAAACGCUGUGAUGUGGCUAGACACCUGGGAAAGAAUAACGACUUCAGCCAGUUGGUGGCCUCCGAAUACCUUGGCUUUUUUGAUUUCUCCGGCCUGUCGCUGGAUCGAGCCCUGAGAAACUUCUUAAGGGCAUUUCCCCUGAUGGGAGAGACCCAGGAGAGAGAGAGAGUCCUUGUACAUUUCUCCAGACGCUUCUGUCACUGCAACCCUCACACGCCAUCCUCUGAAGGUCAGAGAUGUGAGGAUGACGAUGACGGCGCCCACACAUUAACCUGUGCCCUCAUGCUGCUCAACACUGAUCUACACGGACAUAAUAUCGGAAAGAAGAUGUCCUGUCAGCAGUUCAUCAGCAAUCUAGACGGGCUCAACAAUGGUGCUGACUUUCCUAAAGACUUAUUAAAGGUCCUGUAUAACUCAAUAAAGAAUGAAAAGCUGGAGUGGGCCGUUGAGGAGGAGGAGCUGAGGAAGAGUCUGUCAGAGCUGGUGGAGGAGCAGUGUGAGGGUGGAAGUAAGCGUGUUGCCAGGGUAACAGACGGCAGUAACCCUUUCAUUGCCAUUCCCAUUCUAUUAAAUGCUGUCACCUACAAACACGGCGUACUGAACCGCAAGAGCCAUGCUGACAUGGACGGCAAACGCACCCCGAGGGGUCGCCGUGGUUGGAAGAAGUUCUAUGCAGUUUUAAAGGGGAUGAUCUUGUAUCUCCAGAAGGAUGAGUACAAGCCUGAUGCUGACAUUUCAGAGGUGGACCUGAAGAAUGCAGUGCGGAUCCACCAUGCAUUAGCAACUCGAGCCAUGGACUACAGCAAGAAAGCCAAUGUACUGAAGCUCAAAACCUCGGACUGGAGAGUCUUCCUGCUGCAGGCUCCUGAUGAGGAGGAGAUGAUGUCUUGGAUCUUCAGGAUAAAUCUGGUCGCAGCCCUGUUCUCUGCUCCGGCCUUUCCUGCUGCUAUCGGCUCCAUGAAGAAGUUCUGUCGGCCUAUUCUGCCAUCCUCCUCCACCAGACUCAAACAGGGGGAGCAGCUGCUGAGUCAUGAGAGCAAGCUGAAGCAGAUGAGCCUGGAGCUGGAAGAGCACCGGAAAAACUCGCCCUCAGCUGACCCCAAAAGCCGUGAGUGGGAGGAGUUCCGGCUCAAAGAGCACUACCUCACGUACGAGAAAACUAGGUAUGAAACGUACAUCAACCUCCUGCAGGCCAAACUCUGUGCAGAGACGGAUGACCUUGAGAAGAUUGAGGCCAGCGUGAUGGGUGGCCUGAUCAUUGAGGGUGGCCUGGCUGGCCGGGAAAGCCUCCUCCGCAAGACACAGUCAUCUCCGUCCAUCAGUCAGGCUCAUGGUGGGCUCAAUGGGCGGGCAGCUGCCCUAGGACACAGGAGCUGAGGCAAGGAAGGAAGACCAGAGACCACAACCCACUAAACAACAUCCUGCAGUUGAUCCUCCCACUUCUAUCUGGCUUUCCUCGUAGUAUUUUCUCGUUUUUGUUUUCUCUGUAGCUUCUGUUAUUGCAAUCUCUCUUAUUGCUGACCGUUGGCAGCAAUAAGAGAGAUUUCCAUACAUAAUCCUUCCCAGAUUGUUUUUUUUACCAUGGUGAGGAACGAGUUGCUAUCUAUAAGCAAUAGAUAAAGAUGUAGACCGAAUGUUUGAUACUCAACAAGUGACCCUGCCAAGACUCAUUUCUUUGAACUUUUAGUGUUGCACAUUACAUUCAUCUUAACUGUGAUCCCUAUUUAUGAAAAUAUCAUCAGUAUUAUUUUGAAAUGAAUCUCAGAGCAAUGCAGUUUUCUUUAUUUCAAAUGUGUUCUUUGUUAUGAGCAGAACUUUGAGUCAUAAAAAAGUAUUAAUUCAAGGCCGGAUAUAGUACUCACAGAGAGAGAGAGACGGCUGCUUUGCCGUUGUGCUCUCUGUCCUGUCCUCGUCAUGCAGUCCAUGAGUCAGGCAGUGUCUCGGAAAGAGAUGGUACUACUGUAGCAUUUUGGCCUUUUAUUUCUCUCGUUUACGCACCUAACAAAACACAAGGACCUACAGUACGGGUGGAGUGUGACGUGUUUAUGAUACAGCAUACUCUUAUCGGAGUUUCAGAAACUCUUGAUAAGAGCCUUUAAGAAGGACCAAGUCCCUGCCAUGUAUAGCAUAUUUAUUUAUUUAUUCCUUCAAUCCUUUAUUCACAGCAGUAGAGCAUGCUUACUCUUUUUCAGCAUUUCCUUCUUGACAUGCAUUCAGUCUCAUUUAUAUGUACCUGUGAACGAGCUGCCAAGUGGAACAACGUUGGUUUGAAUUGUUCAAUAUGCUGUUUCUCUACAGAGACUGGAGGUGGAGUGCCUACUUGUUGAGAGAUUGGGGUGUGUAAGUCACCUCCUUUACAAAGCAAUCAAGUAUAUUCCUUGUGUUUGUUUUAAGCUGUCUGUGCUCCAAAUAUUCACAUGUAUUCAAUUACUAUUUUCUUUUUUUUUUACAACUUAAACCUGAACUGAAAAGAAUAAUAUGUGGCUAAAUAAAUUAAUUGUGCCAUGUUUCGAUUUAUACCAAAAACAUGUGCACUGAGCUGAUUGAGAAGUGUGUGUGUGUGUGUGUGUGUGUGUGUGUGUGUGUGUGUGUGUGUGUGUGUGUGUGUGUGUGUGUGUGUGUGUGUGUGUGUGUGUGUGUGUGUGUGUGUGUGUGUGUGUGUGUGUGUGUGUGUGUGACUGUGUGUGUGUGACUGUGUGUGUGCGCGCGCGCGCAGGCUUGUUCAAUGGCAUGCAAGGUGAGGUGGUUCCAGUGAAAAGAUGUUGAAGCUGUUGGCAUUGGGGAGUAAAUACAGCAGUCAGAAAAUGUUUCACAGGACUUUAUUGAGCAUGUUUGGUGAGGAAACAAUACAAUGGUCUUCUGUUGAACAACACAGCCUUCACAAUCAGGCCUGGAUCAAAAGCAUCUUCAGCCCUCAGGCAGCCGUUCUCCUCCUGAUAACAUUUGUAUAUUGAACUGAAACAGAUCCAACAAAUAUCUUGUUCCAAUUUAAAAACAUAGAAGUAGCUGGCAUGGCCUCAUAUUGGAAAUCAACUAGUGUUUGUGUUUAGAGAAUAAGAUGUUUUUGAGGAAGCUUGCACUUAUUUCCCAAAAUCUUAGAGAGGAUGGUAGCGUAGCAGAACAUGUCAUAUUAAGCCUGUUUCUAAUUGGACGAGAACUUUUUGUAAUUUUAGGAAGUAGGGGAUGUGGUGGGAGGGAUGGUGGUACUGCUAUUUAUGAGCACCUUAAUAUUUACAGACCCAACUAAACACACACACAUUUCUCUUUUAUGUAAUUUGCUUAUGACACAACUGUAGAUCAGUAAGUGUAGUUCCUCCUCUGUCCCAGUGUGGCUCAGAAGUAUAUCCACAGAACUGGACUGGUGGAUAUAGACAGUAUGAACAGUAACAUCUCCGCUUGUCACAGCGUAUAACACAUUUAUAGUUUCCAAUGAGGCCUGGGAUCCUUUUGAGACUGAGCUGGUAACCUGGAACCACAACUGGAAUCCUGGAAUUGAAUGCUUGUAGAGACUAAAAUGCUGAAGUGGAGCUGAGUUUUUCAAAAGAAAGUACCUUUUUUUUAUAAAGCUGAACUGUUUGGAUGAAUAAAUGCUUUCUUACACGGAGACUUGCCCCCUUAUAGUCACUUUGGCUGUUGUGAUAACCAGUGUUUCCCGAUGUUCUAGGGUAGGUCUGUGCUGUAUUAUAGGAUUGUUUAUAUGUUUAUUUAAAUAAGUACAACCUUGGCACUUUGAUGUCGGUGUUGGGUCUGCUUUUUUGUUUGUAUAUUGGAACUUUUCUGACAGGAUGCUCACACUAUGUAAAGGACGUAUUUACUGAGUUUAAGUCUGUGCUUCAUAAAGUCAACUUUUAUACAGAUAA